UGGUUAAUUUCCUGCGUGAAAACCAAUCGUGGUCUACCGUCCCUCGUCGGCACUUGCAUUACUGCUGUUUCCGUUGAAUGAAAUCCACUGUGUCCAGUUUCGAAAAAGUUGGUUUCCAAGUUAAUUCGAUACCAUAGGACGGAUGAGCCUCUCUUAGAAAAGUCGAGUUUGAGAGGGCGCAUCAUAUCGAAAAAAAAAAAACAACAUAAACUGAGAUAGAUUCACCGUUUUUAAUUGCGGAGUAUCGCAAACAUCACGCAUUUUCUUGUAUCAUUUGCACAAAUACACCGGCUUACAACAUGGUGGUUGGAUGUGGCACUUGGAUUCAACAUGACACUCGGAUUGAGGAAUAACACAGAAUCCAGAUUUUGACGUAAUUCGAUUUUCGAUAAUCAAAAAAUGGACAAGAUAGUGUGCAACGAAAUGACAUAUGAAAUCGAUGAAAGCAUUGUCAAAAUUGAGGCGAUGGAACCUGAACAAAAUUUCAAUCCUGAAAAUCUAGAUGUCAACUUUAUGCCCUCGACAGAAGAAUCCUAUCCUCAUGUCACAGUCAUCAUGCCGAAGCGUAGAAACAACAACAAGAACAAAAUAACUAGACACUGCAAUAAAUCACAAACAAUCUUGCCAAAGCAUGAUUCAAAGCCAAAAAUGAUAAUUUUGAAGAGGCCCGUUGACCGUUUUCGUCCGAUUCGGCCGAAACCCUUACAAGCUGGUUCCUCGGUAUUAAGGAAUAAACUUGCAUCUCCAGUGAGCUCGGUUACUUUAUCACAACCAACUCGCAUUGUUAUACCAAGUACUAUGCCGAGUAAAGAAAAAGUUCUUCGAUAUCCUACAUCUUCAGAUGUAUCUAACAAGUUAAACAAUAGUAUCAAAUCGAACAGCAGUGGCAACGACGGUAAUAUUAUUGAUGACAACAGCAUUAUUGUUAGCAGUAAUACCAGUAACAGCAAUAACAGCAGUACUGUAAAUAUUCUAUCAGUAGAUGACGACAAUAAAAUUGAGAAAACUGAAAAGUCAUGCACCACAACAAAUAGUAAGAAAUAUGAUAGCACCAAUAGUAACAGUAAUAGUAAAAAUUUGCGUACUAAGGCAAUAUCCAGAUCUUAUAAGAAUAGUAUCGAGUUAUUUUUUGAGAGUAUGGCACAGACUGUGUUGAAUUUACCUAAGGAAGUACAAGCGGACAUUAAAAUGCAGAUCUGCAAAAUUGUUACCAAGGCGGAGAUACAAUACAACUGUGACUUGAAACUUAAGUCUUAAAAUUAGAUUUCAAGAAUUGGCAAUCUGUUAUCAAGUUAAAAUUUGAGCUCUAAUUUCUUUUUUAUUACACAGAUUAAAUUUCGCUAGAUAUAAAUUUGACAAGGUGAUUUAAUUAACACUGCCGUCUGAGAUUUUGAAUUUAUAGCGGGCGAUUUUAGAUCAGUAAUUUUAGCUAAAACAGCUAAACUAUAUCUAAGUUUCUCAUCAUUUACGUUUUUCUUAUCAAAGUACGAUAGUUUAGGAGUCAUGUCAGAACUCCGAAGUGUUAAUCUCGUUUGUUUCAUAUGUGAAAAGCUACUCCUCAUAAGUUUAAGUUUCAUAAUAUGCAAUAGUUUAGAGUACACUUAUAAAAAAUACAAUAAUUAAAUAUGGAGUUUUUUUUUAACCAUGAUAUAUUUAUUCUUUUUUUUUUUUAGAAGGA